AUGGCGACGAAGGUAGGCAGAGGAGGAGCCGGUCGCGAUGCCGCUCAUGCUCGUUCAGCGAUGUUCCCCUCGCAAGCAAGCUCAGAGAUCAUUAUGGACCAGUACGGGAGGCCUCAGCAAAAGAUCUGCCCCGUCGCCUACUUCCCUUGCUGGCAAGACGGGUAUUUCUGCUUCCGUCCCAUCUACUGUCAAGGAGAGUUCAGCCCAGAGGGUACACUCAACGCCGCCAUCAUCUUCACGGGUCUUCUCGCUCCCACCUUCGUCAUCUGGAGGAGGAAGCUCGGGCUCGAUCCUGAUCCAAACACGGAGGAGGGGAUGGCUUUCUAUCGGAGCAAGUACAAGCUGGAGGGCAGCAAGGGGAAGGAGGCGGGGAGGAAGGUGGAGGGGAGGAAGGUGGAGGGGAGGAAGAGCUCCUGGUUCUCCCGCAACCUCGACGGUGAGCACGAGCUCAUAACUUGUUGGGUGGACUGA